ACACCACAAUUUUUACACCGCCUCGAGCUAGACUUUUCAGUCACUCGGCUAAGCAUGGAAUUUUAAUCCACGAGCCUUGAGUUUGUCAAUUUUCUUGCUCAAGUUCUAUUUUUCUUUUUUUUUUUCUUUUGUCUUCGCCAACACGAAAUAGUCGAUUUGUCGGUGAAAGUUUGAAGGUGAUCCACGACGCUUAUUGCUCGAAUCGCUGCUCCAAAAAGGUCUAGGAGGCAGAAACCAAUUUUUUACAAGUAACGCUUUCCGCUUAUUUGCACAAUAGUGUCUUCCACAUCGGAUUCUCAACAACAAAGAAGAACGAAAAUGGCAACAGAUAAGAAAACCGAGAGGCCAUUUGAAGAAUCAACUGGAUCAAAUGCUGAAAAUUGUGUAUAUCUCAUAAUUAAAUCACAGGAUGGUACGAGUGUCUACUUGAAGGUCGAUCCCUCUUCCGUAAUGAAAGUGAUAUUCAAGGAAUAUUGUAAGAGAAAGCAAAUAAUAGAUUACAAAACAGUUCGAUUUUUCUUCAAUGGCCAACGCAUUUCCCCAAGAAAGACGGUUAACGAACUUGGGUUAGAAAACAAUGAUGAGAUUGAUGCUAUGCUGCAUCAAGAAGGAGGAGGGCCUGCACACCAAAUAUGAGAAUUUGUGGAAGAAUAAAAGUAGUGUUGUAUGAUUCACCACCAAGCUAUGAAAUUUGAUUUUUUUGUAAUGACUGCUUGAUGUCAUGUGUUCAAUGAAUAUUGUCAGUGUUUGUACCUUAGUUAACCAGUUAUGUGUUGUUGCUUUGAGCAGGUUGGAAAACAGUUAAUGUUAUUUUCUUGCAAUAUAUUAAUGAUAGGAUUUCUGAAAA